GUGUUACUUUUUGCAGCUGUUUGUUGACGUUGACAUUUUGCCAUCCAUCUCCUCGGACGUAAAUAAAUUCCAAUGAAAUAAAGUUAAACACGUUCAAUAAAUUGAGAGAAAAAGCCGAUUGACUAAUGUGAUUGUAGCAAACUUAAUAUUAAUAAUGUCUAAUUAUCAAGAAAUUGUGAACUUAAACGUAGGAGGCACGAGAUUCUCAACAUCAUGGCACACCCUGACCUGGGUUCCGGAGACAUUCUUCACUGCCCUCCUCAGCGGCAGGAUCCCCACAGUACGGGAUGAGACCGGAGCUAUAUUUAUAGACAGAGACCCCAACCUCUUUGGUCUUAUACUCAACUUUUUAAGAACAAGGGACAUAGACCUCAAUGAUGUAAAUAUAAGGGCCCUGAGACAUGAAUGUGACUAUUUUGGCAUCACACCUUUAAGCAGAAGACUUGCCUUGUGUGAUGAGAUGAACCACUCUACUUGUGGGGAUGUACUCUUCUAUGGAUAUCUACCUCCACCAUUAAACACAGCCCUGCCAAACGGCAAUGGUGGACGUAACGGCAACAGUUGCUCUCGGAAGAACUCGACAGCUUCCAGCACUGAGGUGGCAGUGAACAGGACGCACUCCAGAAACUCCUCCCUCGACCUCCGCACCGUCGGCAGGAUACCUUCGCAAGAUCAAUUAAGUCGUUGCGGCAGAGGGCAUUCAAGAGCAGCUUCACUUGGCAACGCGGACUGCCACAAAGGACAUCGACCGCCAGACAUGAGUUCCUGGGCAGACAGCAUGAAGGUUCAGAUCAUCAAAGCACAUCACAAUUGGGUUGCCGUUGCCUACACACACUUUGUCACUGGUUAUAGAUUAACAGACUCGUGUGGUUGGUACGUCGUCUUCCAAUCGCCGGUCCAAGAUUCUGUGAUAGAACGAAUAGCGUUGAAUGCAAAAACCGGCGGCGGCGGGGGCAACUCUAGCGGGAACAACACUACCGGCACUGACGUCAUGCUGGGCAUAGCUAGCGGUGCGCAUGUCCGACUGUGGGCAUUCUCCACACAUAGUGAACCUGUUAGACGUACUUUGGUUGGUACGUUCAACCUGGGCGUGCGAGUGGAGCACCUCCUGUUCGUGGGCCCGCAGCUGGUGGCGCUGAGCGGCGCGGGCAGCCGCAGCAAGGCCGGCGUCUGGCACACCAGCACGCAGCACUGGCAGACGCAGGACGUCGCGCAUCUCACCACGUACGACACCGCCGGCUCCUUCCUACUGCUCGGCACUGCCACUGGGGCCAUUAAUUAUAUCGACAUGCAAAAGUUCCCUCUACGUAUGAAAGACAACGAUCUCUUAGUGACGCAGCUUUAUAAGGAUCCAAACCAGGAGCCGAUCACAGCUAUAUCAGUUUACCUCACACCUAAAACAAAUCUAUGUGGCAACUGGAUAGAGAUAGCUUACGGCACGCGCUGCGGCUCGGUGCGCGUCAUAGUACAACACCCUGAGACGGUGGGCCAUGGACCUCAACUGUUCCAGACCUUCACUGUGCACCAGAGUCCUAUCACUAAGGUAUCUCUAUCGGAGAACUACUUGGUAUCAGUGUGUAGCGAGUACAACCACGUGCGGACUUGGCGCGUCACUCGCUUCCGAGGGAUGAUCUCCACGCAGCCGGGGACUACGCCCAAAGCUGCCUUCAAAGUACUCGCCUUAGAGGCGCCUACUGCUCAGCCUCAUAAUGAUUGUGGCCCGUACGGUGAGCAAGACGAAGAACAAAUAUUUAUUCAGAAAGUUGUUCCUGAUACAGACACGUUAUACGUUCGGCUAGCUUCGAAUGGUAAAAGGGUGUGUACAAUACGUUCAGUGGACGGGUCGGCGGUGUCGUGCUUCGUGGUGGCGGAGUGCGAGGGCGCGCUGCGGCCGCGCCGACUGUUGCUGUGUGGCCACCGCUCCGGGGCCACGCAGAUGUGGGACCUCACCGCGCCCAUCGACAGGGCCGUCAAACUGCAACCCGUGCCCGGGAAUGGAGCAACUGAUGGCGAGGAAUCUCAAGCGCCUGACGGGGGUCCGACUCCAGACGAGUUAGUCCGUCUGUUGUCGGCGUGCGACUUGGACGCGACGCCGGUGCCCGUGGUACCCCAAUCCCCUAACCGGCCGAUACAGGCGCCAUGAAACAUGGCCGCAACCGUCUGCGGGACCCUACUCAGGUUUUACUCUCUAAUCGUCAACGCUUGACUUCGAUCUGACCUUUUCAUUUCGUGUUUCGAAUUAGACGCCAUUUUCGUAAUUUGAGAUCAAUUUUAUUGGUCAAUACUGUUAUGGGGGGUAACGUGUUUAUUGCUCGUCAGAUAGCACUAGAGUGGACCUCACAUAUAUUCGUCCAAUAGAGAAUUAACAUUUUUUUAAUGGCAACCUAGUCUACAAUACCUUGUUGUCGACUAUACUGCCAGUGUCGAAAGAGAAAUAACUAAUGUUACACCUUCGGACGUCCAAAUGUUAACAACUACAGUGAUUGGACACUGACCUCUUAGCGCCAUCUAGUGAACAAAAAUCUCUAGCCCCCCUUGACACGGUCCCCUUUGUGCUUUCCGUAUUUCAAUAGGAAAUGUGUGUUCUAUGCGAACAAGUGGAAUGUUAUAUCUCUGGACAUAAAUAUUCGUUUUUGGAUAGUAAACUUUUACCCCGAAUAAGCUUUUACUGUUGUGUAUCAUAUGCGGUAAAAUUUCGUGUAAAUACUAAUGUCAAAAUAUGUGUGUAUUGUGUAUAGUAUUGAAGUCUAUUUUAGACUAAAUUUAAAAUCGAUUGCCAAUUUUUGCCUUAAAUACACUCACGAUAGAACUAGUUUUUGUGUGAUGUGUAAUCAUUCGGGAUUGUUUAAAGUUUUUCUUCACUAGAAUGUAAAUAAAUUGCAAAUUUCAUUGUUAAAGCGUCCGCCUAAAGUUCAUUUUUCAUUGCACUGUUGUGAAAGUUUCGUAAAAACAUUUUAGAUAGUUUGUCGGUUCUUUGACUCUUAUGACUGCAGAGAAUAUGAGAGAAAUAUGUACAUCUCUUUCUAUGUUACUUAAACUCACAUAUAUCUGUCUCACUCUAAUGGGGAAUGUUUUUGAGCGAUAGGAAGAGCGAUGUAUCUACGUCUUCGAGGUAAGUUCAAUAAGGCUUGUUUAUUGUAAGCUCGUAUAUUACAGGGUUUUGUUAAAAUAUGUUUAAUGGUCACAUACACAAAUAUUGGGUUGUACAGUGUUCCUUUAUUGAUUUGGGGUGAAUUCAUUCUUUGUGCUUGUCAUGCAGUCCUAGUUUUAAACUUGACCUCACACUAGGAUUUCCUCUUGUGACCUAUUUUUACAAACAAACAAAUUGAUAUGCACAUUACACUCAAAUUGGGAACAACUAUUUGUGAAUUUGAACACACAAAAAGUUGUUCCGUGCGAGUAUUUUUUGCGUUAACGUGAUUGACAACUAUGACAUCCGGCGCUCUGAUUGGCCGGCUUAAAAUAACCAACCAAUCAAAGAUCGAAACUUUGUAACGUUUCGUAAAAAUAACUCGCGCUAACGUAAAAGUAAUCGAAAUAAGAGCGCGCUCGGCGCUCUGAUUGGCCGGCUCGAAUAAACCAACCAAUCAUAAUGCCGAACGCGAUAAAGCAAACUUAUACUAAGGGUACAGCACCCCGAAUAAUCUAACGUAAUCUGCCUGAAUAACGCAAUAUUAAUGUAUGUACCUAUUCGAUAGGAUUUUUAGUCUCGAACUAUGCUAUGAUCAUAUUUAUUUAUAUUAAGAUUUUGUCUAAUGAGCCAUUUUGUCAAGUUAUCGAGUGCAAAGUUUAAACGCGUGGUAAGACUGAUUUGAUUCAAAAGCUCAAUCAUGCCUACAUUAAUUAUUUUGACCACACUGAAUAGGAAUGAUGACGGGGUAUGAAAAUUACAAAUCUAAUUAAUCCGUCAGUUAGGUAAUGAAAAAAUAUUAGACACGUAUUUUUUAUUUUGGCAUAUAAGUUAACAAUACUUGGAAUCAACUAAUCAAAGUUUAGGAAUGGGGGCAAAUACGUCAUAUCUACGUAUAAAAUGUACCUAGAAGUGACGUCACACGAUAUUUCAAAUCGGUAUAUCUUCGAAAGUAUUUAUUUCCAUAAGAUAACAAAAAAUACGUGUCUAAUAUUUUAAAAUAAUCUACAAGACGGACAUUAAAGUAAAAAUUAGUCAUCUACCCUAUUCUUUAUUCUUGUAUAAUUGUGUAAAAAUGUAUGUAUAUGUUACUGAAAUUAAAAUUAUAUAAAUGUGAUCUUUUUAUGUGAAUGUUUCGUUUUGAUUACUGCAUAUAGAAGUAUAUUAAAUGCAUUUAUUAAUGGUGUUGACUUUGCACAGACAAAUCUCUAUUCUACUUCAACUGGGUAAGGUUAUUUUUCGAAUACAUCAUUUGAAGACAUACGUGUGUAACAGUAGCAGCUAGUUCAUUCGUCAUUUGAAAAAAAAAACGUUCGUUAGCUUUAGAAAUUUUAAAUGUCUAUUUUUGAAAUUACUGUAUUUAAAAAAUCAUAUCAAUGUUUAGAUUAAAUACUUAAAUAUUUGAAAUGUUGCUUAUCGUGUUUCAAAUUAAUAUAUUCAAUGUUGUGUAAUAAUACUUGCUUAACUUUUAAUGUUGGCAAAGAUUUCCAUUUCAAAGGAUUUAAGGCGAUGGCAGUGCCACCUAUUCACUUUUAUCUGUUGUCAAAUAAACAACCAAUCUCUUAUAAAAUGUUAAACAUUAGUAAAAUUAUAAAUAAAAUACCAUAAAAAGAGAAUACAGUAACGAAAAAAUAAAAAAUACUCUUUGAAUAUAAAUAUAUAGAUUAUAAUAGAUAGGAUAUGUAAAUGCUUUAUUUUUCUCUGAUUUAGACAUUUUAUUAGCCACAUUUAAUAUCUAUUUAAAAAAAUAAUUACAAAAUUAAAUUUGCACAUUUUUACUGUGAAAACGACUGUGUUCUGUGUAGUUUCGUGUUAUAACUAUAAGUGGUGUAUAAGCCUAAAUAAUUAUAUAUAAAAAAUAUAUUUUCUGAACGCAUCGUACUUGGUUCGAAGUGAAGUAGAUUUUUGUCUAUUAUUAUGGUUAAAUUCUAUAAUCUGUGUCUUAAUGAGUGUAUGCUAUUUAUGGUGUAAAUUAGAAUGAAAUUAGAUUGUUCCUAGAUAAUACAAAAUUAUGUAUAUACGGAGUAAAUAAAAUAUUUACAUAUA